AUGACUAAAUCACAGAUCACCGUUCCCAUUACUCAGGCCCCUCCGUACAAAGUCCACGAGGGCAAGACGGCCGUCAUUACGGGUGGUGCAAGGAGUAUCGGUGCCGCCAUUGCUCAGAACCUCGCCUCCAAAGGCGCCAAUGUCGUGCUCAUUUAUCUGACCGAAUCUUCUGACGAGCCUGCCAAAGCUCUCGCUGGGCAACUGUCAAAGGCACACAACGUCAAGGCUGUUCCCGUCCGUGCCGACUUCAGUACACCCGAUGGCUGCUCCAAGAUCGUCGAUGUUGUAAAGAAUGACAUGCCGCCCAACGCCAAGACAGGCAAGCCGCAGGUCGACAUACUGGUCAACUGCGCCGCUCUCUUCCACGCCAUGCCUCUCGAAGCCGUCAACAUUGAGGACUUCCACAAGGUCUACUCUAUCAACGUCCUUGGACCCAUCCUGCUCACGCAGGCAGUCAAGCCCCUUCUGCCUACCGACCGCUCGGGCCGCAUCGUCAAUGUGUCAAGCGUCGGUUCCAAGGUUGGACUCGAGUACCUGACCCUGUACGGCGGCAGCAAGGGCGCCCUUGAGGCCAUGACGCGCACAUGGGCUCGCGAGCUCAAGGAGCACUGCACCGUCAACUCUUGCAACCCCAGCUCCACCAUGACGGACAUGCUCCGAGGUGCCUCUGAGGAUGCGAAGCAAGCCAUCUCAUCGUGGUACCCUCUCACGCCGCUGUGCGGAAUCCGAGAAUGGGACUCGGAUGAACAGAAGGAAAUGGCUGAGAAAUACGGCGGACGUGCUGGCUACGCUGAGGAGAUUGCUGGCAUUGUUGGCAUGAUUUGCUCCCCGGAGAGCGGAUGGAUGACGGGAUGCCUGGUCAGUGCCAACGGCGGCCAGUGGAUGGCUAGUUAAAUGUCUUGAGUUGAAGCAGAAAUUUUCCUUGUCAACACCCAACGUUUAGUUCCACCGGCAUAUGACUUCCACCUGUUGGUGGUGCGCACUCUGAAAGCCCAGCGCGUGCUGCCUCGCACCGCAGAAGACUUCUUCAAUCAGCCACGGACCACGUAAGAACCCCACGCACGAAACCAUCCUAUGCAGGGGCUCUUCAGACCCUGGAAACAACAAGCGAUGUUGUUUGUGAAGAGGAGUCAAGGCUCUGAUAGGUUGUCGAUGGGAGGGAAUUGGGGUCCGCUAGCAGUCGCUGGGGCUGACUCCAGGUUUAAGAACAUUUUCAACGUGGCACCGUUGGGACCAAGCUUCAACACCUGAACGGCUCGAAGACACUCCCGAGUGCGAGCCAAUUGGCGGUCAGAAAAGCAGAUUAUAAAAGGGGC